CACUUACGUUUUUUACUAUUUCCCCGACAGUUCCUUGAAUGCAGCACAUUGUACUUCCCCUUUAAGUGCAGAUGAAAGGCUGUUGUGUAAUUUGGGGUGAAAGAGGAGGAGGAGGAGCGGACUGAAUGGAGGGCAACCGGCAUUGACAGAUCCAAGAGGACUCAGACAGGUAGGGUUCUUCUCCUGUACAGGAGUGUGCAGCGAUGGAGCAGGGUGUGGCUAAACCGAUAAUGCUGGCAGGAAGUAUCCUGGUGGUCCCUGUCCUCGCCUUCAUCACCUCCUUCCUGUUCUGGCCUGGAGUGCUUCUUAAAGCCUACAACUGGUACUGGCGUCGCAGGCUGGGGCUGGUGGUCCGCUACUCUCACAGUGGAAAUUACCGCUUCUGUUAUUCCAGCCGCGGGACACCAGAGGGCGCCACACCAUCAAUAUUGCUUCUUCACGGUUUCUCCGCCACUAAGGACAUGUGGCUGCCCGUUGUCAAGUACCUCCCCAAGAACCAGCAUUUGGUAUGUGUGGACAUGCCGGGACACGAGGGGACGAGUCGCACCGGCGCCAAGGACUACAGCAUUCAGGGUCAGGUCGACCGAAUCCACCAGUUCGUGCAGAGUAUCGGUCUGGAUAAAAGACCUUUCCACCUGGUUGGGACGUCGAUGGGUGGGAACGUUGCGGGUGUUUAUGCUGCCUGUUAUCCUACUUACCUGUCCAGCGUCACCUUGAUGUGUCCGGCAGGUCUGGUUUACCCCACAGAUAGUGAGUUCAUCAGUCAUCUGAGGGAGUUGGAGAAGAAUCCGCAGCUGGAGUCGAUUCCUCUGAUUCCCUCCACUCAUCAGGAAAUGGAGAACAUGCUCAGACUCUGCUGCUACACCCCCCUCAACCUCCCCCGACAGCUCAUGCGUGGUCUCCUUGACAACAGGAUGCCCAACAACACUUUCUACAGAGAAGUUUUCAUGGAGAUCGUCGGGGAGGAGUCUCGUCACUCACUGCAGGAAAAGCUGCAUUUGAUCACAUCACCGCUGCAGGUCAUCUGGGGGAAGGAAGACCAGGUUCUGGAUGUUUCGGGGGCUUCAGUGCUGCAGACGGCGCUGCCAAACUGCCAGGUGGCCAUCUUGGAUGAAUGCGGUCACUCGGUGGCGUUGGAGCGUCCCAGGAAAGCCGCCAAGCUCAUCAUGGACUUCCUGUCUGUGCAGGAAGUCAACAGCGAAGUCACUAAGAAACUUUCCUAAAGAGUGAUGAUGAUGUAAAUGAUGAAUGACGACAUUGAUAGUGAUGAUGAUAAAAGUGAUGAUGCUCUUUUAUAGUUUAAUUUAAGAGUUUUCUAUGACAGCAUGAAAAUGCACAUGAACGCACUAAAGGAUGUCAAAUAUUCCUGAAGUUUUUACCAGUUUGAUUCUUACACAGCACCCUGCAGGAGGCUUUAAAUCUCCGUUUUAAAUGUUAAUGAAAACAUUCCUCUGUGGGAUUUUGUACAUUUCUCCUUCAGAAACCUGUUUUAUUGUCAUGUCUCAUGUAAAGGCAGGUGUCUGCUUGUGUGUUUAGUCCUAAAAAAGCACACAUUCAGGUUGAAAUUCAGGAUGAAGAAUGUACUGUAGGUGAAUGUGUUGUCUGAUUUAUGUGUGAUCACUCUGUAUGUUAGUUUACAAACUAAAAACUAAGUAAACAAAUUAGGUGAUUCAAUCAUUUUAGCACUUAUGCAAAGAGUGUCUAUGGACAACAGAAAUAAAUCUAUUGAAAAAUGUA